GCCAUGGCCACUGCAGUAGUUUCUCACACAGCCUGUUAGCCGGUGAUAAGCAUAGCACAGGUCAGUGUUUCCUUUUGACAAGAUUGGGACAGUAAGCGACAGCUGAGGGAAACUGCUCAUCAUGAGAAGUGUGCUGAUGGUAGCGGAGAAGCCGUCCUUGGCUCAGGCCAUUGCCAAAAUCCUUUCUAAAGGAAACUGUACAAGUCGCAAGGGGCUCAAUGGCGCAUGCUCAGUGCACGAAUACACCGGCAUUUUCCAGGGCCAAACUGUACACUUUAAGAUGACUUCUGUUUGUGGGCAUGUGAUGAGUCUCGAUUUUAUUGGGAAAUAUAACAACUGGGACAAAGUAGACCCUGCAGAACUCUUUAGUAAAGCUCCUACUGAAAAGAAGGAGGCCAACCCUAAACUCAAUAUGGUCAAGUUUCUUCAGGUUGAAGCCAGAGGCAGUGACUGUGUGGUUUUGUGGUUGGACUGUGACAAAGAAGGAGAGAACAUAUGUUUCGAGGUGCUGGAUGCCAUUCAGCCAGUGAUGAAUAAGGGAAGUGCCAGGAGUGUUUACCGUGCCAAAUUCAGCUCCAUUACUGACACUGACAUCUGGAAUGCUAUGAACCGCCUUGGAGAGCCCAAUCACAAUGAAGCUCUGUCAGUAGAUGCACGGCAAGAGCUGGAUCUGCGUAUUGGCUGUGCCUUCACCCGGUUCCAAACAAAGUAUUUUCAAGGGAAAUAUGGCAAUCUAGACUCUUCGUUAAUCUCCUUUGGUCCGUGCCAGACCCCAACACUUGGCUUCUGUGUGGAACGCCAUGACAAGAUCCAGUCCUUUAAACCAGAGACUUACUGGGUCAUCCAGGCAAAGGUUUUUAAAGGAAAGGAGAGUCCACUGACACUGGACUGGAACAGAGUUAGGGUCUUUGACAGAGAGGUGGGUCAAAUGUUUGUCAACCUGGCGAAAACAUCCAGGGAUGCGCAGGUGGAGUUGGUGAGUAAGAAGGAGAAGACCAAGCAGAGGCCUCAAGCCUUAAACACAGUGGAGAUGUUGAGAGUGGCUAGUUCUGCCUUAGGCAUGGGUCCCCAGCAUACUAUGCAGAUUGCUGAGCGCCUAUAUACACAGGGCUACAUCAGCUACCCACGUACCGAGACGACCCACUACCCAGCAAACUUCGACCUGAAGGGAACACUGAAGCAGCAGACCAACAACCCCUUCUGGGUAGAAGAGGUAAAAGCUCUGCUUUCAACUGGAAUAAACCAACCCAGGAAGGGCACUGAUGCUGGAGAUCAUCCACCUAUUACUCCCAUGUGUGCUGCCACGGAAGCAGAACUAGGAAGUGAUGGCUGGCGGCUAUAUGAGUACAUUACCCGGCAUUUUAUUGCCACUGUAAGUCAAGACUGCAAGUACCUACAAACCACUAUAGAGUUCAGCAUUGGCACAGAGGCUUUCUCAUGUAGUGGAAGAACCCUUAUAUCACCAGGUUACACAACUGUAAUGCCAUGGCAGGGCAUCCCUCUGGAAGAGUCCAUACCAGUAUGUGAGCGUGGAGACACUUUCUCAGUAGAUGAGAUCAAGCUGAUAGAAAAGCAAACCAGCCCACCAGACUACCUGACUGAGGCUGAACUCAUCACCCUCAUGGAGAAACAUGGCAUUGGAACUGAUGCUAGUAUCCCAGUCCACAUCAAUAACAUCUGCCAGAGGAACUAUGUGACAGUUGAGAAUGGACGCAAGCUGAAACCAACCAACUUAGGCAUAGUCCUGGUACAUGGCUACUACAAGAUAGAUGCAGAACUGGUGCUUCCCACUAUACGCAGUGCUGUAGAAAAGCAGCUUAACCUUAUUGCGCAGGGUAAGGCCAACUACCAUCAGGUCCUACAGCACGCCCUGGAUAUCUUCAAGAGGAAGUUUCACUACUUUGUUGACUCCAUUACCAACAUGGAUGAGUUGAUGGAGGUCUCCUUUUCUCCCAUUGCUGCUACUGGUAAGCCGCUGUCCCGCUGUGGCAAAUGCCACCGCUUCAUGAAGUAUAUCCAGGCCAAGCCCAGCAGACUCCACUGCUCUCACUGUGACGAGACCUAUAGUCUUCCCCAGAAUGGAGCCAUCAAGCUUUACAAGGAGCUCCGGUGUCCACUGGAUGACUUUGAGCUUGUGCUUUGGACUUCAGGGGCGCGGGGAAAGAGCUACCCCCUGUGCCCCUACUGCUUCAGCAACCCGCCAUUCAGGGACAUGAAGAAAGGUAUGGGAUGCAAUGAAUGUACCCAUCCAUCAUGUCAGCACUCUCUCAACUCGUUGGGCAUUGGACAAUGUGUGGAGUGUGAUAGUGGAGUUUUAGUGUUGGACCCCACAUCUGGUCCAAAGUGGAGGAUGGCCUGUAAUAAAUGCAAUGUGGUGGUGCACUUCUUUGAACAUGCACACAAAGUGCAGGUUGCUCAGGAGAGCUGUGAUGUCUGUGAUGCCUCUCUAGUUGCAGUGGACUUUAACAAGACUCGCACUCCUCUUCCUGCCAGUGAGACCCAACACACUGGCUGUGUUUUUUGUGAUCCAGUGUUUCAGGAUUUGGUGGAGCUCAAGCAUGCCACCAUGCGGCAUUCCAUGUACCGUGGUGGGGGUGGGAGAAGAGGAGGACGUGGACGUGGACGUGGACGUCGUGGCAAUGCUAAAAAACCUAAAGAUAAAAUGGCUGCCCUAGCUGCUUAUUUUGUAUAGUUUCUGUGUGUAUAUUGUCCUUUUGCAUGUCAUUACAUGAACUGGUUUUCUUCUGAUAAUGAAUCUAAAUAUGGUAAAUGGCCUGUAUUUGUG